GAGUCACGCUUGGAUGCUCAACCAAAAUUAAAACCACACGCGUGUGCCAACAUGGAUAUAUAUGGGUGCUUCGUUCUCAUAAAUAAUACAGGGAAUAGCGACCUUAGUUUAGCAAGACCAUUCUCGCACUCGGAAUUGAAGGUAGAUCACCAAGUGCAUGAUGGGUAAGCAGAGGACCAAAUGGACGGCCAUCAUUGUGACGUGUACAGAUGAGGCUUCUGUUCAGCCACUGCAGUACGAACUUGAAGUGCGGCAAAAGAAAGGUUACAUCGACAAGGACGUCCUGCUGCUUACCGUUGAAGAUCCUCAGGUGAGGGUUGGGUCAGGAGGGGCUACUCUGAAUGCUUUGCUGGUGGUGUCGGAACAUCUGAGUCAGCGACAUGGUUACACGGUUGUGAACUCGGAUGUUCUUCUUGAUUCCUACAUCUUGAUUCUCCAUGUGGGGCGUUCUUUUCUCUUUGAUUCCUGUGGCCGUGCCUUUGUCAGCCUUCCUGCCAAGCAUGAGUCUGGGACAAAGGCUGGGUAUGAAGGAGUAGUGACGAACAUGGACCAUCUGAUUCACACCGUCACGUACAAGCUUUCCGCUGGUUGUCCGCCCGGUGUUUGGGUCUGCAGCACAGACAUGUUUCUCACCGUACCGACCACGCCCAAGAUGGACUGGACGGGUUUUGAUGGUGCUUGCGUCGUCUCGGUUCCCGCCACCCAGGAGUAUGCUCGCAACAAUGGCAUCUACAGAAUCAAUCAAGAAGGUUAUGUUCUGGAUAUUUUCUUCCGUGGAGGUCCGACAGCAAUGAAGAUGUGCUCCUUGCAUGACGGCACAGGAGAUGCCUCAGACGGGAUGGUGUCUCUAGUAGCUGGCAUAGUGUUCCUCAGCUCAAGAGCUGCAGAGAAGUUUUUAUUCCUUCAUGUACUACCUGGCUUGGAUGCUUGCACCUAUAUGGGUUUGGAUAGUGGUGUUAAACCUUUAGAGCUUUCGUUGUUCUUUGACGUGCUCCUGUGUCUUGCCAAGGACGUAACUAAAGAAGAAUUUGUGUCUGGUGAGAAGGGGAUACCUUACGAUAAGAUGCGUCACAAAAGAGCGUGCGAGCAAGGAAUCGUACGCAACGCGAGAGCACAAAUGUGGGAGAAACUACGGGGAAUACCAAUGAAAGCAAUGUUGGUUCCAGAUGGCAACCAUCAAUACCUUACGACUUCUCCCAGGGAACAUCUGAAGCGUGCAAUAUCCUGCCCACUAUACAGCGAUGAAGAUGAACAUUUCAACUGGGCCAACAUCACACAUGCAUUCAUUCAGGAGACGUGCAGUGUCGAGGAAUCAGCAGUAGUAACAAAUGCUAUCUUAGAGGGUGAUGUGACCAUCGGAGCACAAUGCGCAAUCUCACACUCUCACCUACAGGGAGAAAUACAAAUUCCAAAGGAGUCCAUCCUCGUCAAUAUCGACUGCAAAGCUUCCAAGGCAUUGCAACAACACUCACUGUCACCUGGUAUUUUCCUGCAAGCAUUUCGCCUCAGACUCGGUGGAAGUCAGAAACUUAAAUGCGAAGUCUACACAGUGAUGGGCAGAUUUGAUCAGUUGGAGACGGCCUACGUGAAAGGAACAAGCACAUUCUGUAACUCACCGUGGAUAGUCUUCCUGACGCGCACAGGAAUCGAUAGAGAAGAUCUCUGGCCGACCAAUCAGACAGACUACGAUCGCACUCUCUUCAAUGCCAAACUCUUUCCAGUCUGGAACCUUCAGCAGGACAUAGGCAUUGCAGAGACCCUAUGGCUAGAAGGUGGGGAACAAGACAUGGAUAUGCUCACACGAUGGCGCUCCUCGUGGCGACUGUCCUUUGAGGACAUUUUGUCGUGUAUUGACCUCUCUGCAGAGUUAUCUCGUCGAAGGGAUCUGUUCUACAGCGGAGGCCAGCGUAGGGUCAGAGAUGUCUUACUGCGAGGAGGCAAUCAAGUCUUGAUGCCGUUCUUCAAGAGUGCUACUGUGGAGGGCUACGCUCAACAGCUAUUGGAGAACAUUGAUCAAGGAAUAUGUGACAGUAACUCGCCUAGCAUAGCAGCCCGCGGCUUAGCUUUCAUCGCUAACAUCCUAGGAGCAAUGGCUGGUGGGAAGGGAGGCUUGCGAAGCGGACCGGCCGCUAACGCUGCCUGGCAAAGUGCCUUCAAGCUUCUAGAGGAGGGUAAGCUACACGAAGGCGUGAAGGCUCUAGCAAGGGAACGUCAGCAGUGGUUGAAUCGACCAGACAGACUCGUCAGGGCAGCCAGGCACUACGAAGGAGCCGAUCAGAUAUUUAUCAGACUUGCUGUCAUGUCGGCCAGAGAGUAUAUUUUCACAAGUCCUGGGGAAUCUCCGCCAAUGAACAAAUGGGUGACGGCCACCUGCCCAGGGAGAAUGGACGUAGCCGGGGGAUGGUCCGACACUCCACCAAUCACGUACGAGCAUGGCGGCGCCGUGGUGGAUGCCGCAAUCCGAUUGGACGGCAAGAAACCAAUAGGAGCCCGAGCUAGGAAGAUUACAGAACCCCACCUUGUUCUUGUCUUAGGCAGCGAUCAGGAACACAGUGUUCAGAUUGUCUGUAAGGAGCUGUCUGACGUCGCUGAUUACAAUAACCCACAGUCUUCAGGUGCCUUGUUGAAAGCAGUGGUUCAUUGCGCAGAGGUGAUCAGUCUACCGUCAUCCCAGUCUUUACAGGAGCAACUGAUGAGUAAAUACGGAGGAGGAAUCGAGCUGAAUACAUGGUCUGAUCUCCCACAAGGUUCAGGUCUCGGCACAAGUAGUAUUCUGGCAGGGGCGGCCAUUGCUGUCCUGUGGCGUGUGUCAGGACAGGCGUACGACCACUCCUCUCUUAUUCAUGCGGUGCUACUUGUCGAGCAGAUGUUAACCACAGGUGGCGGAUGGCAGGACCAGGUUGGAGGUUUGACCCCUGGUAUCAAUAUCGGACACUCUGAGGCCAAGCUGCCCCUCAAAGUGGAGAUCACCCCCAUCCCAGUCGAUGAAGAGACCCGAUGCAAAUUCGACCAGCACUUCUUGCUUGUGUACACCGGCAAGACUAGACUAGCCAGGAACUUGUUGCAAGAUGUCGUCAGAAACUGGUAUGCAAGGUCGCCGUAUAUCGUGGAGAAUUGCGACAAUCUGACAAAGAAUGCAUGGGAAUGCAAGAAGGCGUUUGCAGAAGGUGAUUUAGAGAAAGUCGGUGUCUGCAUGAACGCCUACUGGACGCAGAAGAAAGUCAUGGCUCCUGGCUGUGAGCCAGUGAUGGUCCAGAGGAUGAUGACCGCUCUGCGGCCGCACGUCCAUGGUCAGUGUCUGGCUGGGGCUGGUGGGGGCGGAUUCAUGUAUGUACUGACCAAGGAACCCAACGCUAUCGGUCAAGUCAGGGAAAUACUGGGCUCGGAGGAGGGUGUUGAAGACUUCACAGUGCACAGCGUUCAGCUAGACCAAGCUGGAAUUGAGGUGGAGGUGGAGGACUAACAUGAUUGGUCCGUUGUCUCAGAAAAAUCAGCCAAUCACAAGCAAGUGCCAUCUCCAUGCAAGCCACAUGCGCUUCCUGUGUGUUUUUACUGCCGUACAUUGUCUAAAGCAAGCAGAUGCUCUUUAGCAAAAAUGCGUGGAAGGCAAAAUCUGUCUUUGUGUGGUGCUGGGCGCUCAGCGACAGCGGUGAUCAUUUCUCUCUCGUCAUCAUGAAAGGGAAUAAUAUGCAACAUUUGCUUUUGCUGUAAUAUUCAGGAAUGGAUGGAUUUGGGGGUUAGAAUUUUAUAGCAAAUAUUGUUACACUGACUUGUUUGCAGUUUUGUGUUCAAAGAUGCUGGAAAAAACCAAGAAAAAGAUGCUGUUCUUGUAGUCUGGUUCCCUAACCCUACUUCAGAUGAAACAGAGCAAUAUAUAGAUGUCGGGAGAAAAUAAGGUCAUGGGACCAGUCUAGCUGGCUUGUACCCAUUCAUGGGUGUGUAAUCGAUCGCAAACAAAAUGCGGACUAACUAAAUAUGGUAAAUUGGGAGCAGUGUUUGAAAAAAGCAUGUUUUUUUUCCCAACGCUGGU